AUUCGGUUCCGCCGAUAUCGUUCCACUCGGCACGACUCAAAUGUGCGAACAUAUGUACCCCGCACCCCCGUGCGCCGUAAUACCGGCUCCUGGACCCUUUAAUUCUCGGAAUUUGACUCUUUCCAUCUAAAAUGGGCUGCACUCCUCGUUUGGUAUUCCUCUGAUUACGACUGACUUCAUUUCGAUGAUUGGCACAUACCUGUUCGAUCUCUACAACAUCGGUUUGCUGUUUUAUUCGUUUCCGGUCGACACCACAGAUGAAAUGCGACUUUCCGGAUGGGGCCAGCACUUGCAAGCGUUGUGCAACCGGAGGGCAUCCAUGCAUCGUAGAGGGUCGUAAACCUAGGACAGCACCAAACAAACGGGAGUAUCUCUUGGCUCAGAUCCGUCACAAAGAUCAGAUCAUAGAGUCUCUGCUCAAGCAGUUGCAUAACCCUUAUUUGGCGACGCCGCUUUCGGUUGCAUCCUACAAAGCAGCGACAUCGCCAUCUGACAGUGACAACAUGAACGUUGUUGACUGGCUUGAUCGUCUGCAGGCCAGCAUCAGGCAACCAGGAAUGGGCCCGCCCACUGAUGCCAACUUCCUUCGUAAUCUGCGCAAUCCUUCUGCAGUUGUCGUGGAUGAUUCUGAGGAUGAUGACCCUGAAGCCGACGAGGGUCCCGUCGAAGAAGAGGACGUUGAGAAAGUCAGGGAUAGUCUUCCUGAUGCUGCUGUGCCUAUUGGGCUGCUCGCAAACUUGUCUCUAGACAAGGAUAAAGACAAGGGCAAAGGUAGAGGUCGCCAAGGUGGAAACACUGGCGCUGGUGGAAGUAACGCGAAACCUGAAGACGAUGAUGACAAUGUGGGUGUGGCUAAUAAGGAAUAUUUCUUGCCCGGUCCUGCCUCGAAUUUGAAUAUUCGCAAAACCCUGGUGGAACAGCACACACCGGAGAUAGUUCUCCACGGACUCGUCAACAACGCUGACGUUGAACGGCUGUUCGAUAUAUACUGGAAGCAAAUCAAUCCAUUCAUUGGUCUCCUUGAUCCUACACUGCAUACAUCUCAAUCCAUCUUCCAAAGGUGUCCCUUCCUAUUCACCGUUAUCUGCGCUAUUUCGUCUCGUUAUUACAAGGAGAAGUCUGAGAUCUAUCCUGUUGCUAUGCACUUCGCAAAACACUCCGCGGCUAACGCGCUCAUCGACGGCUGGAAAUCUGUCGAGUUAUGUCAGGCUUAUAUUCUCAUGAGCAUCUAUGCUGUCCCGGCUCGCAGAUGGGAGGAAGACAGGAGCUGGUUAUACACAGGACUUGCUGCGCGGAUCGCGACAGACUUGAAUUUGCAUCAGGUCUCUACGACAAGGCCGCAGACGGAGCGCCAGGAGCGGGAGAUGUUGAAUCGCACUCGCGUGUGGAUGAUAUGUUUUAAUAUCGACAGAUCAACUGCCACGCAGUUUGGCAAGCCCUCGACGAUCAAGGAGGACUAUAUCACUCGUCACUCUGCGGACUGGUACAAAGAAUCUCGUUUCAGAGACAAGUUUGAUAUCCACCUCUGUGCUUAUUCGACACUUCUUCGCAUCGUGGGCCGGUUCCACGAUGAUAUCUUCUCAGACCCCAACUCGCCAAGCGGUUUGAACAAGGGUAUCAACUUCCUUCAGGUUACGUUAGAACACGAUCGUCAUCUUACAAACUAUUUUGAGGAAUGGACCAGGCGCUUUAAUGAGGAAUCUGACCCUGGAGAUCCCGGAAGUUUAUUCCGCUGCACUCUGCUCCCCUUCUUGGUUAGCUAUUCACGUCUUGUCAUGUAUUCUUUCGGGUUCCAACAUGCCUUCCAACGAGGCAUGGAGGCGAGUGACAACGUCUUUCUUGAUAAGUGCUUUGACUCUGCAAAGGUGGUCAUCAAGCAAAUGAUCGAAGUGCUGGCACCCAGUGGUCUUAUGCGCUCGGCCCCUGACGGUCACUUUGUUUUUGCAUCUUUCGCUUCUGCAUUCAUGCUCAAGCUUCUGCGUCCUGAGUUUGCUCAACUGUUGACCCGUCAGAUGGAGGAUGAGAUCUUUGAACUCAUCGGCCGCCUAAUCACGACGCUUCAAGAUGUUGCCAUCGACGAACGUCAUACGCCACGUCUGUAUGCCCGAUUCCUCGCCAGUCUUCUUACGAGACAUAGGAAAGGUGGAGGUGCUGUUGGUGGGCGCCUUCAACACAUUCCACCCCAAAGCCAAAUUUCUCGCCAGCCUCAGCCUCCCACCUUCACUUCGCAUCCUUCGCUAUCAUCUUCAGGUUCGGGAUACUCUGGCGUACCAGGGCCAGGCAUGCCACAACAAGGACGCGACAAUGAUUCCAUGCAGAUGACUCUCAACCGAGACGCUUCGAGCUCUUCAUCGCAGGCCACCACUUCUCCUUCCACGACUCCCAUGAUGCAUUCCGAAGCCGCUUACUCUCACACUCGGCAGACUAACGGAGCUUUAGAUAGCGAUGUGGAUGUUGGGAUGGCAGAUGUCCUAUCGGAGAGCGGGACACUGGCAGCAAUGCAUGCACUGAACGAUGCCUGGUGGAGCAACAUGAUGAUGCCAGGGUUCUCCUGGCCGGAGGGACCACACCUGAAUGGUGUCACAGAAGUUUACAAUCACGGAAUCCCAGGUAUCCACACAGGCUUUGGAGGGUAUACAGCAGAACCACAGCUAGCGAUGUAGCUUUCGCCCGUAGAACAUUGGUGAUAUAACGCUAUCAAGGCUUGGAAAUUUUCUUUUUGGGUGUUCUUUGCUUCCAUUCAGCGCUACUGCAUUCCUCAUCUUGCCCUCGCCACUAUACACUGUAGAUCUAGUCAAGUUUUCCGUCCCAGAAU